AUGUCAAUGAUUAGGAGUUUUGAAGGAUUCCAGCCUGUGUCUCUGAAGCAAGAGGGAGAUUACCAACCCUCUGAGACUGACCAGCUGUCCACGGAGGAGGAGGACCCAGGCACGGACCCAGAGCCAAGGCAGAUUUCAAGGCAGCCAAGUGCGACCGAAUCAACACUGUACCCCAAUCCUUAUCACGGACCUUUUGUCUCACGGAAGUACUUUGCUACACGGCCGGGGGCCAUUGAGACUGCCAUAGAAGACUUGAAAGGCCACAUAGCCAAGACGUCUGGAGAGACAAUUCAAGGCUUCUGGCUCUUGACAGAGAUAGACCACUGGAACAAUGAGAAGGAGAGGAUUUUGCUGGUCACGGACAAGUCUCUCUUAAUUUGUAAAUAUGACUUUAUCAUGCUCAGCUGUGUGCAGUUGCAAUGGAUUCCCCUGAGCUCUGUCUACCGAAUCUGCCUGGGCAAGUUUGUCUUUCCUGGGAUGUCACUGGACAAGAGACAAGGAGAAGGCCUUAGGAUCUACUGGGGGAGUCUGGAAGAGCAGUCCCUCUUUUCCCGCUGGAACCCAUGGUCCACUGAGGUGCCUUAUGCGACCUUCACUGAGCAUCCCAUGAAAAACACCAGUGAGAAAUUCCUCGAAAUUUGUAAGUUGUCUGGGUUCACGUCUAAGCUUGUUCCAGCUAUCCAGAAUGCCCACAAGAAUUCCACUGGAUCUGGAAGAGGAAAGGCACUGAUGGUGUUAACUGAACCCAUUUUGAUUGAAACCUACAUGGGGCUGAUGUCAUUCAUUGGAAACCGCAACAAACUUGGCUAUUCCCUUGCCCGUGGGAGUAUUGGUUUUUGAGACUCUUUUUGGUGUAUAAGUAUGUCAUCCAUCAAUAUAUCUUUAUUGAAGAUUCUAUUUCAGACCACCAUAUUUUUGGACUGA